GAAACGAUUGCUCUAUUUUUAUGUAUUUUAAAAAAUAUGGAAGAAAAAAUUUCUGAAAAUUUUCGAAAGGCAAUUGAACAUGGGCGUACUGACAUUGUUAGAUCUAUUUUAGAUGCAUGUAAUGAUAAUGAAAUUGUUGAUGCAAAUUCAAAAGAAAAGAUUUUAAAUGGAUUGCUAUUUGAAGAAGGAACACCACUUUUAUAUGCAGCUGUACACAAUCAAGUUGAUUUAGUCAGAACUCUAUUGAAUUGUGGAGCUGAUCCAACUAUAACAAAUAUUGAAGGCCGCAGUGCAUUAGAUGUAGCCAUUAAUGAUAAAGUGAGACAAAUAUUUAUUGAAGAAUUACUAAGGGCAACAGCAGCAUCUGAGAUUUCAAGAGUACAACAAUUAUUAUCUGUUGGCAUAAAUGUCAAUUCUUAUGAUUCAGAAAUAAGUAAAAACACACCCUUACAUUGGGCUGCUUGUUAUGGUAACAAAGAAAUAGUGCAAUUUUUAUUAGAAAAAGGAGCUCAUGUUAAUGCAGAAAACUGUUCUGGUACAACACCAUUGCAUGAAGCUGUAAAUCGCAAUGAUUUGGAUAUCUGUCAAGUACUUUUAAAUUAUGGUGCAAAUCUUCUCAUUCAAACCAAAAAGGGCAAAUUUGCCGGAAAGACUCCUCAUGACCUUUCUCAAAAUAAUAGUUUAUUGCAAUGCUUAAUGGAGAAAUAUUUAGGGAGCAUGCCAUUGAAAGAAAGGAAAUACAGCACUGUAGACUCUAUAGAAAACUCGAAUUUUUCACAAGAAAAUAUUACAGCUAAUGCACAUCAAAUGCUUUCCUCAGUUUCUAUAAAGUCUAUUAAUGAACAUUAUGACAUUUCUAUAUCUAGAGGAGAUUCCAAGGAAUCAGGAAGUGAAAGUCCACUCAAAAUUCAGCCCAUUAUUGGAUCUACUGGAAUUUAUGAAUUAAUUUGGCCAGAACCAAAGUGCAUUAUUGAGCUUAAACAUAUUUCAUCUCCAUUUAUAGUUGACAAAGAACUUUUAAUUUCCAUUAUUCAAAGUAGUGAGUCAAUACAUAAAAUUUUAGAUGUGUGGGAAAUCAGCAGAACUUAUUUGUUAGAAUUAGGAUGUGAAGUAAAAAUUGGUGAAGUGCAACCAGGCUCUGGGAAAAUUUCGUGUGAAAAACGUAUUGAAUGUAUUGUUAAUCCAAGUCUUUUUAACGUAUCUGAAGGAUAUCAAUUGCAUAUAUCUCAAAAUGUAAUCAAAGUAGCUGCUGGAAGUUUAUCUGGGUUACAUUAUGCAAUAUGCACGUUUAUACAAAUUUUACGAUUGAGUAAAAAUUAUUCAAACCAAUCAGAAGUUUUUGAAAUUGAAUCAGUAUUAAUUAAAGAUGAACCAAGAUUUAGUCAUAGAGGUAUUCUUUUAGACAUUUCUUUAAGAGGCCGAGUGCCUACAUUGGAUUAUUUAUUAAGUGUGAUAGAUAUCUGGUCUUUUUUAAAACUAUCUUAUAUACAUCUUUACUCUCGACUAACACCCAGUUGUGACUGGCAACUAUGUUACUCCAGGUCAGAAAUGGUAACUCUUGAUAGGUACUGCAGAGAUAGGCAUUUGCAACUGGUGCCAGCAUUAGAUGUUGAUUCAAAUGUGAGCUUACAUCAUCUAUCACAAAUGUGGCCAUUGUUCCAAGAACUUUUAUCAACAUUUCCAAAUUUGAAUUAUGUACACAUUGGUCCACGACUGGCUAGCUUAUUGGUUCAACCAAGUAAUCUCGAUCAUUCUCUGUCUGUGGAUGAAACCACUGGAACAGAUAUGUCCGAUGUAUUUGAGCCAUUCUCAAAUCUUCAACAACUUUGGCAUAUUUUAAACUUAACUAAUAAUACUACAGUAAUGCUGUGUUCUAAUGGAUUACACUCUAGAGGUGAAUUUCACAGUAUUCCAAAUAAUGUGAUACUUGUUGAAUAUGGAUUCCAGGCAGACUAUGAGUUUUCUGAAUGGACUGAAGCUUUUAGAGUAGCAGGUGCAAAUAUUUUGCCAAGCUCAGGAACAGCAAGUUAUAAUAGUUUAGCAGGAUGUCCUGCUUCAACUUAUGCAAAUACCAAAAAAGCAAUAAAAACUGCCCAAGAGCAGGAUUCUAUUGGUAUUAUAGUAGCUCAUUGGUCAGGUAGCCAUCAUUUAACAUCACAUAUCUUUGCCUGGGUUGGAUAUCUUAUAGCUGCUGGAUUAUCUUGGAAUCCACAUACUGAAAUUGAUAUUGAACCAUCUUUCAACUUCUAUGAUGUUCAUGAAUCAACAGGUAGAAGUAAUAAAAGGUCACUCACUACAAUACUUGAUGUGCAUGUUUUUUGUGAUAUGGAAUAUAAAAUUGGCAGUGCAAUUCUUGAACUGGGUAGAGUUGAUACAGAAGUUUUAACUUUAAGUAAAAAUCAAAGUGGUAAUGAUCUUCAGCAAAUACCUGAUAAUCAAGGUUCAACUUUGUAUAGAUUAUUAACAGAUCCAGAUAAUGUUAAUUUGGAGUAUCUUUAUACUGAUUUAUUUUUGAAAGCAACGAAACAAAUAAAACGAGUAGUUCACACUUUAUUUGAGGCAAAUCCAACAUCAAAAUUUGCUCCAAUGGAAAUACAAGAAUUACAAUUAACAGCCGAUCUAAUGUUAACUGCAUGUAAAAUUGGUAAAACUCUUAUUGGGCUUGGUAUUAAUCCUAAUAGCAAUAUGGGAUUAGCUGUUAUAAAUUUAGGUGUGAGUAAUUUACCACCCACUUUUAGAACUGAUAUAGCCAACAAAAUGUUAGCUCUUAUUGAACAAUAUAAAGGUACAUGGCUCCAAAGGCAUUUACCACAAGGACUACAGAGUUCCUUACUUAUUUUAACAAGUGCUUUACACAGAUUUGUGCCUGAACCUUAGAUUGAUGUGAUAGGUUUUUCUGUUUUUUAUAAUUCUGUAGUUUCUUGGAAAGAAAUAAAGACUUAUUUUUAU